AUGUGGCAGCCACCAGCCAGGUACAGCAGUGGCUAAACUGCUGAGACCUGGCAGAUGGCCACCACUAGUAAGUUCUCCACUGACGUGCUUCUCUCUUUCUCUCUCUCCCCCCCCCCCCCCCCCCCCAGCCAGAAUGAAUGCAGAGCAUCAGAGCAUUCAGCUAUUGUGGUGAGGAACUAACAGGGGCUUUCACCAGGAUCCCACCGGUUCCAACUAUUCAGCCAGUUGGGAUUUACAGUAUUUAAUUUCAGUUGUCCACUUUUUAUGUGGAUCUUUCUAUAAAUAAGGGGGCCAAUGUGUGACAUCAGGGUCAACAUUUCAAAAUGGUUUGAUAUACAUUUAAAUAUGAUUUUCUUGCAGCUUCACAUGUGUAGUUACAGGAAUAAAAGUAUAGGUAGGCACAAUGAGACAAUAACUCCACCUAGCAAAAACAAAACAUCUACAUGUCAUUACAAAUGUCACAAGAAACAUGGACACCAUGUUUCUUUGUCAUGCCUAGUUGCCAGGUCUUUUUGUGCUUUAGUCAACUUCUCUAUCAUUUAUAGCCAUGCUAAACAUUCCUGUAGAAUGAAAAAGAAACUGAACGUUCGCCACAAGUCUGAGGUCCUGAGUGCUCUGGAGCAGGUUUUCAUUAAGGAUCUCUCUCUACUUUGCUCCGUUCAUCUUUCCCUUGAUCCUGACUAGUCUCCCAGUCCCUGCCGCUGAAAAACAUCCCCACAGCAUAAUGCUGCCACCACCAUGUUUCACCGUAGGGAUGGUAUUGGCCAGGUGAUGAGUGGUGCCUGGUUUCCUCCAGAUGUAACGCUUGGCAUUCAGUCCAAAGAGUUCAAUCUUGGUUUCAUCAGACCAGAGCAUCUUGUUUCUCAUGGUCUGAGAGUCCUUUUAGGUGCCUUUUGGCAAACUCCAAGCGCGCUGACGUGCCUUUUUUACUGAGGAGUGGCUUCCGUCUGGCCACUCUACCAUAAAGGCCUGAUUGGUGGAGUGCUGCAGAGAUGGUUGUACUUCUGGAAGGUUCUCCCAUCACCACAGAGGAAAUCUGGAGCUCUGUCAGAGUGACUCGUGUUCUUGGUCACCUCCCAGACCAAGGCCCUUCUCCCCCAAUUGCUCAGUUUGGCUGGGCGGCCAGCACUAGGAAAGGUCUCGGAGGUUCUAAACUUCUUCCAUUUAAGAAUGAUGGAGGCCACUGUGUUCUUGGGGACCUUCAAUGCUGCAGAAAUGUUUUGGUACCCUUCCCCAGAUCUGUGCCUCAACACAAUCCUGUCUCGGAGCUCUACGGACAAUUCCUUCGACCUCAUGGCUUCAUUUUUGCUCUGACAUGCAUGGUCAACUGUGGGCCCUUUUAUAUAGACAAGUGUGUGCCUUUCCAAAUUCAUCUUGAUAAAGCUACUCUCUGUUAAAAGCAUUUGAUUUUGCAAUCCAUACAUUACUUUGGAUACAUGUGCCAUAGGGAGAUAAAUGUUUCAAGGUUACAGUGCACUUCCGAGCUCUCCAUACAAAGAGUCCGACGGCAAGAUCCAGGAAUUUUACAGGAUUCAAUUAAAUGUGUAAUUCAAUUGCUUAGUAUAUGACAUAACGACAAACAGCAGUGUCAUAGAUGUAAGGGGAGGUAGUUGUCACACGAUUUUUGCCGAAUCUGUGAAGACUCCCCAAGCAUGAGAAAGGGUUUAAACAUUAGGUUUUGAUUCAACUCAUGAAUUAUAGUGAAUGUCUAUGUUCCUCAUUUGUCUUAAUGUAUGUGGGGGGAAAAUGCUAAUUUAUUAAUGACUUUGUAACCACUCCAAACAGUUGUCCACUACAAUAAAUGCUCACUGGUACCCUAGUUUAUAGAAAGACCCAUGUGUAUUGGUGUCUGUGCAUAUUGCCUUUUUGUUGGAAUUAAACCACUGUCUGAAUAGUCCUAAUUGUGCGUUGAUAGGUUGCCCUGUUGCACACCAGCUCUGACAGAGAUUCCCUCGGGCAAAGAUGUUUCAACCACAUUAGUAUGGAGUGAGCAAGCAGGCUAUGGGUGUCAUUGGGGCAGCAGCAGUUGCAGGUGUGCUCACCAACCACAAUUCGGUAUUCUCACUCACUGCUCACUGACCCUGAACUGAGAAUGUGACAGACCUGGAGGACCCUGUCUGUCUUUCUUUUUCUCUGUAGCUGACAAGCCUUUCAUUAGGCUAGUCACAUAGCAUGCUUUCUAAUGUCAGGAAUGUUGAAUUGGAAAAGUCCAAGGGCAAGCAAGAGGUACAUGACAUUGUAAUGAACAGAGUUUUCUAAUUAAACUAUGUGAUGAAGCACAAGACAUGCUGACAAUUUGACUCGUCAUGGCUACUCCAUUGGAAUGCCAGUUGUUGGAACCGCAUGUGUAGGCUGCAGCUUCCCAGCCUACAAGAUUGUGUUCUAGUUUAACAGAGCAGAAUUCCUCAUGUAUUGCCAUGCAAUGUAGUGGUUGACUUUGCAUUAGUGUAUACUCAAUAUACUCUGACAAACCAAAGUCUGGCAUGUGAUUACCGUUACACAUCGGUUGAUCUGAGACACUGGACGGUAGUUUUGUUUUGGAGAAGCAUAGAGCUCACUCUGAUAUUUAUGGUGUAAACGCCAGCAGUGUGAACAUGAGCUCUGAGACCUUUUGAGGCUCUGAUGAACCAUUGGCCACUUCUAUUGUCAGCCACUUGCAUUGUACAUUGAUCUUGGCAUUGAUUCAGCUUUGAUCAAACUUUAAAAGCGCACCCUGCAAGCUCCGACACCUAGCAGCAGUAAAGAGAGCAGUGGAGCGUAAAGUAGGGAAUCCCGCACAUGCGCAGAAGGUUCAGUUGGUCAGCUAUCGGGAAGGGCGUCCAGAGAAUUUGGCCACUCUGUAACUGGCCAAUUUCAAUGUACAAAUUGUGUGUGUGGCAAAUGCUAGGCCCUUAUGUUUUGCUCUGACUCACACAUCUCUCGCUCCUUGUUUUGUAACAGAUAUCUCUCCUCAUGUGGGAUCCUAAUGACGCGGAUGCCGGCCCUUCUGGGGACCAUGCCCAGGCCCAGAGUCAUCGUGGCCCCCACCCGCUCCUUCUUCAACCUGGCUGACACAUUCAACAAGAGGAAGGAGUACUCUGAGAGACGCAUCAUGGGGUCAGUCACUGUGCCGCCUCCUUUGAAAUCAGACCGGCCUAGGUUCAAAUACUAUUUGAAAGAUUUCAAAUAAUUUGAACAUCUGCUUUAGCCUGCUUGGCGGUCGUGGUUUGCACUUUUGGGCGUUUUCUAUUCGUUCCAUUGCAACAGGCAAGUUUAAUGAAGCACAGAAAGUAUUUUAAUCCAAGUCUGCCUCCUAGAAAUGUAUAGAUAAUCUGGUUUCUCUAUGUACGUCUGUCGUGCUCCUGCCAAUGACGCUAUUGCGUAUCAAGUGACAGUCAUAAUCACUAGGAAAUGUUACCCUAUUAAUAGCGACACUGUGUGCCGGACUAGUUGCCAGGCUGUUAUGUAAUGCAGGGACAGCAAUGGUCUGACUGGCUGUGUUAGUCCCUGGGACAUUUAAGACAUUUAAAAGACUGUUGGGUUAUAUGGGACUCUGUCCCCCUUGUCAGUCAACCUCGCAUUCUCCUUGACAAUCUGUCUAACUGGUCACAGCUUGUGGAAUAAUCAGCAUGUCACGACGUCCUCCGAGGCUGCCUCCUCUCCUUGUUCGGGCAGGCUUCGGCGUUCGUCGUCACCGGCCUUCUAGCCACUGCCGCUCCUCAUCUCAUCAUUCCAUUUGUUUUGUCUUGUUUAUUACACACACCUGGUUCAUAUCCCCUCAUCAGUACCUGUAUAAGUGUUCCCUCUGCCCCCUUGUCUUUGUGUGUGAUUGUUUAUUGUGGAGGAGAGAAGCUCGGUGGAGCUCCAUGUAUUUUGUAUCGCCGGGAAUAUUCCCUGUGUGCCUUGUAUUUUCCAGUGUGCCUGUUUGGCGCACUGGAGUGUUUUUAUGCAUUACUGUGUAACUGUGGUUCAGAAUAAAUCCUGUUAUUCUGUGAUUUACCCUCCUGCGCCUGACUCCUUCAAAAUCACCUCAUCACACAGCAGGUGACUUGUGUUAAUGUCAUUCCAGUCAUGCACUGAAACGGGUAUUGAAAUUCCAGUUUUAAUCAGAGGUGAAUCUCAAACGUUCUUGAGGAGGAACGUCCGAUCUUCUCCUCUGUGCUUCGAGAAGGAGAUAUGGAGGAAUUACUUAUGAGAUUCACCCAUGAAAUUAGAUGUUGACCCAGGCCACCACCUCUGUCAGGUACUCUGUUGACCCAGACCUCCUCUCUCUGUUAGGUACUCUAUGUUGGAGAUGUAUGAAGUGGUAGCUGGGGUGGAGAACUACCUUCACUUCGUUCCCUGGUGUAAGAAGUCUGACGUGGUGUUCCGGCGCUCAGGGUUCUGCAAGGCCAAGCUGACCGUUGGCUUCCCCCCCGUAGUGGAGAACUACACCUCGCUGGUCACCACAGUGCGCCCCCACCUGGUAAAGGUAAGAUACUGUAGUAGCCGCUGCUAUCUCUCACCACUACUGUAUCCGCAGGGUACCUGGCUAGUAUAAGAUAAGCAGCUGUGAUAUAGAUGGAUACUGGGUGUGCUCCAGGUUGUUUUAAUUGCAGUUGUGUUGCUCAGAUGUCAAAUUCUGGAGAAGUGUUUCAACAUCUCCGGAACCACAUAAAUAUUAUAUAGCAGUCCUAUGAGAUUCUUAGUACGCCUGUAAUAAAGACGACCUGGAACGCAGCCACUGGUAAUAUCAGCAGUGUCCCAGUCUGACUGGCUGUGUUGACCCCCAGGCUGCCUGUUCAGACGGUAAGCUCUUCAACCACCUGGAGACUGUGUGGCGCUUCAGCCCUGGCCUCCCUGGCUACCCUCGCACCUGCACCGUCGACUUCUCUGUAAGUACCUCAACACACUGUCAGUUUGUCUGUGUCCGUGUAUGAGUCUGUCUGCGAAUGAGGUAGCUAGCUUGCCAUGUAUCUCAGACAGACAGAAAAUGUGCCAGUUUGUACUUGUGCACGUGACAUGAAUAGCUUGAAACUAUAUCUCUGGCACAUUUUCCGUAUCCUCAUAUCACUUUUUCACCCGAACACUCUCUCUCCAGAUCUCCUUUGAGUUCCGCUCUCUGCUGCACUCCCAGCUGGCCACGGUGUUCUUUGACGAGGUGGUGAAGCAGAACGUGUCAGCUUUUGAGAGGCGGGCCGGUAAACUGUAUGGAGCCCAGACCAUGAUCCCCCAAGAGCUCAUGUUUCACGAGGUCCACCACACGUAGCGCCCCAAUGCGUCUUCUCUUCACACACACACACAGCAUGAAGAGAGGGAGGG